UCAAAGAUGAAAUAUUUUGUUUGUGACGUUAGUGUUUGAUUAAUUUCAAUAAAUUUUUGAUUAUAUCGGCGAGAGCCGAGAAACUAGAAUUUUAAUAAUUACUUGUUAGUCGUUAUUGAAUGUGUGAGGACGUUAAUUCAAAUUCACAAAAAUGAUUUUCAUGGAUAUCUAUGAUACCGCUAGUUGGUGGACAAUAGUUAUCGCUGCCCAAGUCGUUAUCGGCUCAGUAUAUUUUUUAUGGUUGAGAAAAUCGAAGAAACCUGAAGACCGAUUGACUAAGAGAAAAUUGCUUGAAUGGAAGCCCUUACCGUUAGUUGAAGAUGAUUUGAUGGUCCCAGAGCCUCCUUUGAUGGGGAAAAUUGAUGAGAAUGUUCUAAAUGUGGGUGCUACUAGCUUUCUUUGCCUAGAUAGGGAGGCCACAAUCAUGGAACGGGCUAUACAAUCUUUGCAUAAGUAUGGAGUUGGUUCAUGUGGUCCUCGAGGGUUCUAUGGUACCAUAGAUGUGCAUUUGGAGCUGGAAGAGAGGCUGGCAAAAUUCUUACAGGUGGAAGAAACCUGUGUAUACUCAUAUGGGUUCUCAACAGUAGCCAGUGCCAUUCCCGCAUAUGCUAAGAAAGGGGAUAUCAUUUUUGCGGAUGAAAAAGUAUGGUUCGCCAUACAAAAAGGCAUAGACGCCUCACGGAGUACAGUCAGAUACUUCAAACAUAACGACAUGAAAGACCUGGAGCGGCAGUUGGAACAAGCGGCCGAGAAGAAAGAGCUUAACCCGAAAAGAAGAGCCUUUUUGAUUGCGGAGGCUAUUUACUACAAUACUGGUAAAAUGUGCCCUUUGAGAAAAUUGGUGGAGUUAGCACGAAGGUACAAGUUGAGGAUUAUUUUGGACGAAAGCUUAACUAUUGGGGUGAUUGGUAAGCACGGGCGAGGCCUGACUGAACACCUGAACGUUCCUCGCGACGAGAUCGACCUGAUCGUAGGCUCGCUGGAACACUCCUUCGCGACCAUCGGAGGCUUCUGCGCCGGCACGCACUUCAUUGUGGAACACCAACGGCUUUCCGGAUUAGGGUAUUGCUUCAGCGCGUCUCUACCUCCCAUGCUGACCGAAGCAGCCAUUGCAGCGCUGGAUAUCAUAGAGGAAAAGCCCUCCAUCAUCAGCGAGCUAGAUGAAAACUCCAUUAAAUUGAACAGGGCCCUUACAAACUUGAAGAACUACACAUUCAGUGGAGAUGAGCUGUCGCCUGUGAAACAUGUCUACCUCAACAACUCAAGCCUACCAUACGAAGCCAAAGAGUCGUAUCUCAGAAAUAUUACUAAAUAUUGCCUGGACAAAGGCGUCGCCAUGACAGUUGCAGCUUAUAUAAAGGACGCUGAAGUUAACUGUCCAGAACCUUCUAUAAGAUUGGCGUCGAGUAGAAAACUUAAUGAUUCUAUUAUAACGCAGAUUUGCGAUUUAUUGGAGGAGGCGUACAUGAAUUGUAGGCCUUAAAUAGUAAGGCUGAAUAAGAAGUAUUGACCUAAGAAUUUUUUUUUUUUUUGGCAAAGAUUGAAUAUCUGUUCAGCCUUAACAGUCAAAGUUUUAUUUAUUUUUGUAUUUUUUAAUAAAGAGCACAAAUGUCACAAUUGCACUAAUUAUUAUUAUUAUUAUUUUGAGAACAUUCCAAUUCCAUACUUAUUUAUAUUACAUAGACAUAAUUUAGCCAAAGAAAUGUAUUUAAAUACCUACUUACUGUAUAUAAGAACCUAUUAUAAUAAGAAAAAGUAUAAUGUACCAGUGAAAUAAAACUGAAUAAGUAUUGUAUUAAUUUAUUUAACAAGGCACAAAUAAAA